AUGUCACCUCCAAGCACUACAGGUAAGUCGAUGUUCUCCAAAGAGGGUUAAAGCAUUUUGCAGUGUUACAUUGCCUAAUUUAUUUUCAUCUCAACUUUAAAACAUAUGACUAUUCAGUUUGUAAAAAAAAUGUCUAAAGAGUAAUUUAUUGUAGGCCUAUUAAUCCCCAUAAGCUCCUUUAAUACAAUGUCUAGUUCUGCGAUGAUAUCUACCUGCUGUUUUGCUUUGUAGGUCUUCAGGUGUUUGAGUAAUAAUAUUGUCUGGACUUUUUCCUUGCAGACCUGAAAAAGACUAGGUCAAAUAAGAAUAAGGAUCAUCAUUACACAGACGUGCACGGCCUGCCAUGCAUUGAGAAGAUCGUGGCCUCUGUGGAUGAGACCCCAGAGGCCAUCACCACUAAUAUCAGUGGAACUAUCCCAGAGUGGAUUAGUGGCAAUUUCCUCAGAAACGGACCAGGAAAGUUUGAGAUUGGUAAUAAUAAGUGAGUAUAUUUUAACAAGCUAUAUACGUUUGACCAGAAUCAGACGAGGUGUAAAUAACUAUUGCUGCAUAUAUGAAAUGAUUCACUGUAGGUCUCACCAUGUCAAAGUACUAUAUUAAAUAUUAAUUCCGCUUCUCAGAUUCAACCACUGGUUUGAUGGAAUGGCCCUCCUGCAUCAGUUCAAAAUCGCGGGCGGCCAGGUGACCUACAAGAGCCGCUUCCUGGGCAGUGACUGCUACAUGGCUAACAAGGAGAGCAGCCGCAUCGUUGUGUCUGAAUUCGGGACUGUGGCCAUGCCAGACCCCUGCAAGAACUUCUUCCAGCGCUUUCUAUCCCGGUUCGAACUGCCAAGUGAGUUUACAGUUUGAGAGUUUGAGGUCAAAGUGUGGAGAAUAUAUGACAGACAGAAUUGAUUUGCGUUGUGCUAAUCACAUGAAAACUGUCUUUGGUCCACAGAAGCGUCAGAUAAUGACAAUGUGAGCUUUGUGACGUACAAGGGUGAUUACUACGUGAGCACGGAGACAAACUUCAUGCACAAGGUGGACCCUGAGACGCUUGAAACAAAGGAAAAGGUAGGCCUUGGUUAAUAAUAUAUUGCAUCGGAGCUACUAGUGUGCAGCUUUUCCUUUCCUUUUUAAAGGCCUACACACACUACCUACAGUAGCCUACAUACAGUUCAAAGAGUUCCAUUCAGUCUAAACAAAUAACAAAAUGUUUGUUGAAAUAUUUCAUAAGAGACCUAUUGCAUUAUGGGAUAGCAUGAUUGAAGGCCUAUCAAAACAUUUCAUUUUUGUUGAUGCUCUCAACAGGUGGACUGGAGCAAAUUCAUCGCUGUCAAUGGAGCCACUGCCCACCCCCACACAGAACCUGAUGGUACAACAUACAACAUGGGGAAUUCUUACUCUGCUAAAGGUAAGUAAGGAACUAGCCCCUGCCCUUUCACUAACCACCUUCACUAAAGUCUAACAUGUAUUACAUAUUAAGAAUGACAAAACACAAACCUCUUAAACCUGAAAUCUGCAAGCGAAAAUUGGCCAAAAGGUCAGUUUUCCAGGUUCCAAAUAAAACCAAAUCGGUCAUUUUUUCAGGUGCAAUUUACAAUAUCAUCCGCGUGCCUCCGACAAAGACAAUGCCAGCAAACCCAGAGGAAACCCUGGAGGGAGCUACUGUGGUCUGUUCUAUUCCCUCAGUGGACAAGGCAAAACCAUCAUACUACCACAGCUUUGGUGAGCAGACCACACAAUGCCUCCACAGGCUCCAUAGCUAAUGACACAUUUAAUGAAAACAGCCCCUUAUGUAAACCCUCUCACCAGUAGAUGGCUCACUCACCCAACCAUCUUCAAAGCAGAAUGGUCAUGUUUUAUCCUUUUGUUAAUCCGAAUGCACAACAAUGAUCCAUCAAUACUGAUAUGAUCUGACUCAACUCCAAGAGUGGCAAUUGAUAUACUGCUCAUUCGAUUUCAGCAAUGUCGGAGAAUUACGUGGUGUUUAUUGAGCAGCCUAUCAAAAUGGACCUCUUGAAGAUUGUGACAGGCAAGCUGAGAGGAAAGGGUAUCAGCGAUGGGAUCUACUGGGACCCUAAACUUGAGACCAUCUUUCAUUUGAUUAACAAGCAGACAGGCAAGGUAAGACCUUGGUAUAGAACACCCUUGAAUUCUUGGAGUCUCUCAAUUAGUUUUGGUAAAUGACAAGCCAGGAAUGAGACAAAGUAUACUAAGCCUACAGUAAUUGCUUGUAAGUUAUACAUUUAAUUUCUGAUGACUGACAUCCUUUAUUCUCUUCCAGCUCAACUCAGUCAAGUAUCACGCCAAAGCGCUGUCCACGUUCCACCAGAUCAACGCCUGGGAGGAGGAUGGCUUCCUGGUUAUGGACCUCUGUGCCGCAGACGAUGGCAAAGCCAUCAACAACUACAUGGUUCAGAGCAUGCGCAAGUCAGGAGAGGCUCUGGACGAGGUUAGUAUCAGUCUAAAUUGAAGGGUAUAACAAUUCAUAACUUUAAUGAAUAAUCAUUAAUGAACUAUUUAGAAAUACUAACUACAAAUACAUAUUUCAUUAUUUGUAAACAUUUAUAUGCAUUAGAAUUCUGAAGCAUUUAUCAUUUAUAAUGGCUUGUCCAUUACAGUUAUAAGUGUAACCAGCUGAAGUCACUAGGAUCAGGAAUCCUACGUGUGAACGGCUUGAGGUUGAAAAUAUGUUUCUUUGUUCAAAUUAGGUGUAUAACACUAUGUGCAGAGUUUUCCCCCGGCGAUUUGUCUUGCCUCUCAACGUGGACAAGGAGACACCCUGUGGGCAAAAUCUGAACACACGCCCCGACAGUACCGCCACUGCCACCAAGACUGCUAAGGACAAAGUGCGUGUACAAUAAUCAUGCACAAAUCUUCUGUUAUAAAUCACUGCUGAUAUACAUUAAAAUUUCCAAUCAAGUUCAUUAAAAAAAAAGGUUAUGUGAUUACCCUCCACAUUAUGUGAAUAUUCACUAUCAGAGCCUCAUUAACUCUCGCUCUCUGCAGGUCUUCUGUACACAUGAGGAUCUGCACGAUGAGGAACUCCAUAAGUACGGUGGUCUCGAGUUCCCACAAAUCAACUAUGCAAAGUACAACACCAAAUCAUAUCGCUACUUCUACGGUUGCGGUUUCAGACAUCUGGUAGGCGACACUCUCAUCAAGAUGGACCUCCAUAGCAAAAAAAUGAAGGUUGGUUCAGUUAUAUUUAUUCUUCCUUCAAUUUUAAAAACAAGAAUAUCUGCAUUAGUAACACAGUACUCUAUUGCAAUGAGUGAUGUAGGCCUAGGUAAUAUUUGGCAGUUUGAUGUUAGGAAAUUCAAUGCUGAACUUCACACUGCUGUGCUUUAAGGUGUGGGAGCAUCCUGGAAUGUACCCUUCAGAGCCUGUCUUUGUACCCUUGCCUGGCGCUACAGAAGAGGAUGACGGUGUCAUUAUGUCUGUGGUCAUCACUCCAAAUAAGGUCAGUUCCCCUUUAAACACCAAUGCCCGUUGGUUAACAAUUGUUGCACUCCUAACUCCCAAUGUCAGCCUCCUAAUGUAAACAUGUUCCCCUUCUCCAGGACAAGAGCACAUUCCUGUUGGUUUUGGAUGCCAAGACAUUCGAAGAGUUGGGCAGAGCUGAGGUGCCUGUGAACAUUCCCUAUGGUUUCCAUGGGACAUUCAACUCAACUAUGACUCAUAGGCAUCUAUCAGAAAAAAACUUAGGUGAGGCCCAUCAGAGUAACACAAAG